AUGAGCAUUCUGACGCAUCACUUCCCCAAAUCGCAGCCAUAGUUGCCACCCCCAGACCUGCCCCAGCCUAGACCCACUUCCUCCCAAGAGCUCACAGCUGCAGUGCUGGAGUCAGAUGUGACCCUGGAAGUAAGGCUAUCGUCCAUGGAGAGGCCCCUCACGGUCCUGCAGGUGAGCCUGUACCACCCCACGCCGGGCCCUGCCACCUUCGCCAAUGUCCCUCCGCAGCUAGAGCACGACACCAGCCCACUGCUGGUGGGCCGGGGCCCGGAUGCCCACCUCCAGCUGCAGCUCCCUCGCCUCUCCCGCCAGCACUUGUCACUGGAACCCUACCUGGAGAAGGGCAGUGCCCAGCUGGCCUUCAACUUGAAGGCUCUGAGCCGCAAGGGCCGCGUGAGGGUCAACGGGCUGACGCUGAGCUUCCUGGAGCAGGUGUCCCUGAGCACCGUCAACAGGGUCACCUUCUCUGGCAUGCAGAUGGUGGUCCACAUCGAGGGAGGCACCUCCCUGGAGGCCUUUGUCUGCUGCUUCCAACUCAGCCCCUCACCCCUGAUUUACAGGCUCCAGCCUGAGGAGACCGACGAAUGGGAAAUCAUCCCCCAGGAGCAGCCUCCCUCAGGUUCAGGGCAGCGGGCUCCGGGUCACCUGGGGCUUCUCGACAGCCCUUCCCAGCCCAGCCCUGGAGGAACACCAGAAAUACGGCUCCAGAGGGAGCCCCCAGACAGUGCGCUCUGCUAG